AUGGAUAAAAAAGUGAAUUUUGAACGUGAAUUAGAACUUUUAUUUGUUGAUCAUAUAAGAGAAGAAAAACGAGACAAAGAAUUCAUUAAUAUAUCCUCUCAACUAAAAUUGUAUUGUGACCAAGAAUAUAUAAAACAAUUAAUUAUGCAAAGAGACCUUUUUAAGUUAGAUGAAUAUAUAACUCAAUUUACCUCACUUCAAAAUGAACAAGACCAAAUGGUUCUUAAAUUGAUUAGAGAAAUUAACUUUUUUAUUUCAUGUAAACAAGCAGACUUCAAAGCUGCUGUUCAAUCUAUGAAAAGAAUUCAGUUAUUACCUAGUUCCAUUGUAACAAAGCAAUAUCUCACUCGACUCUCUAAUUUGUUCUUUGAUGAUGACCUUAUAGCUAAAAAUGAAUUGAAUUAUGAUGGAUAUGAUAAUUAUAUAAUAACAAAUUUAUUUAAUUGUAUUAUGAAUGAAAUAGAAAAAGGCUCAACUAUCAAAGAAUACAUGAAGUUUCCAGAAAUUCAGAAAGGGACAUUAAAGAAGUUAGUAUCUAAUGGUGUUCGUUAUGACCAUAUUAAAAUAUGUCAAGGUAGCGUUGAUGAUAAAAUUGGAUUAGUUAGUUUAAUUAAGCCAGAGCAUAUGCAUCUUGAAAAAGUAUCAACUGUUAUAAGGAAGGGAAAUAAGUUUUCUGAUUGGAAAUUUAUUGAUAUUCAAUUAAAAUCAAAUGAAAUUUCUUGUUUAUAUGUUAAAGAUACAAGAGUAUAUAUUGGAUUUAAAACAGGAAACUUUACUUGUAUUGAUUUUGAAAGUGGAGAAGUCUUGUUUGAUAUUAAAGAAAAUAGUCCAGUAACACUAGUUUCUGUAUUAUCAACAUAUAUUGUUUAUUAUAAUGGAUCACAAGUAAAAGUUAUAUGUAUUGGAUAUUGUCUUUCAAUACUUGCAAUAAUUCCAGCAACUAAUGUCAAAUCUAUUUCAAUAAUUAAUGGAACAACUGAAGUUGCUGUUGUUGAUUCAAAAGGAGUUAAAGUAUAUCAAUUUGCUAAUAGAAAUGUUAUUUAUGAAAAUGAAGGAGCUAUUGGAGUAAUACCAAGUCAGGUACAAGGAGAAGUGGUUGUAGUAUAUCCAACAUUAUUACACAAAUUAAAGACUUGUUUAGGAAAACCAAAUAAAGUUACAAAAGAACAACAACUAAGUAUUUUAGUUGAUUGUGUUAUUGAUGAAAAUGUAAUGAUUUCUAAUGAUAAUAGAUAUAUUGUUAUACCAAAUGAGAAAAUAAGAAAAAUAUAUUCAAGAAAAAGUUCAGCACCAAUACUUGCAGGAAAUGAUACUAAUGUUUUUGUAUAUUCACAAGGAAAUAUUCAAGUUAUUGAAAUUGAAACACAACAAAUUAAGCAACAAAUUAGUUGUGAACAUAUUCAAAAAAUGUCUGCUGAUAAUUGUUUAGCUGUAUGUACAUUUGAUAAUUCUACACAAUUAAGAGUAUUUUAUAGAGAAUUUAAUGUUAUUCCAGUUAAUUGGAAUAGUGACAUAAUUAAAGAACCAGUUAAUAUUCAAUUUGAAGUUAUGUGUAAUGGACGAACUCCUUCUUCUAAUUGUAUAACUCAAGUUGCUCCUGUAACACCAAUUACUUACUCAAAACUUGAACCAAUUAAAAGAAAACCAGAUGAAGAUAUUCCUAUCAAAAAUAAAAUUAUUUUUACAGAACAAACUGUAAAACCUGCUAUUCCUUCAACUAUUUCAAAAUGUGAUAUAACUAAUUUUUGGAAAGUUAAAGGAAAUAUUAAAAUGUUCACUAUAAGUAAUGAAGGUAAACAUUUAAUGAUUCAAACAAUAAAAGACGUUUUCUAUUUAUUCAAAAAAGUUGAUGGUAAAACAUAUGUAUCAUCAUUUCCUAAAGAUAAAAAAGUACUAGACUUUUCUGGAGAGAAGCAAUUCCAUAAUGUUAGAGGAGUUGUUACUCGAACUGGGAGUUAUAUAGUUAUUUCAUUAGGAAGCUGUUGUGAGUUAUAUAAAUGUAGUUCUGCUUUGAGAGUUUCUCAAUUUGGUCAACAAAAUCAAGCCAAUGAUGGAUAUCUCACCUGUUUAGAAUUAUUUCCAUUUGAUUGUAAUAGUGUAUUAGUUGGAUCAUCUAAUGGAUUAGUAAAAGUCUAUCGAGCAAAUAGGCAGUUUGAACUUAUUUCACUUUCAACACGUUUAAAUGAACCUAUUCAUUCGUUUGUAUUUUUACCAAGUACUUCUGCUGAUGAAGACGUUCUAUUUUUUGUUAUAACCAAAACAGGCUUUAUGCAAUUAGUUCAAUACAAUAAGAAAACAAGUCCUCAUGACACAAUGAAAUGUUUAGAUGUUUCUCUUUCACUCAAAGUAACUGAAGUGAAAAGUGUAUUUAUUGGGAAUAAUGGGAAAUAUCUUUAUGUUGUUUCAAGAGAAAUGUUUCAUAAGAUUGAUAGAACAAAUAUGUCAUAUGAAAAAAUGGAUAUUCCAAAUAAUAUUAUUUCAGCAGCUAUUUCUGCUAAAUCAGAUAUGUUUUUCUUUGUAACUUCACAAGGAUUAUUAUUAAAAAUGAAUUCAAACAAAUGGGGAGUUUUAGAAAGUGUUAUUGUUCCUGAAGGUUACAACUUAGAAUUUACUUAUGUUAUUCCUUACGAAGAUUACUUUUUAGUCUCAACAAAUAAAGGAGAAAUAUUGAAAAUAAGGGUUUAA